UCGAUCGAUCGCUCAGAUGUCAGAUAGAUAGAUGAUGAUGAUGAUAAAGAAAGCUUUUUUCUUCUUCUUCUUCUUCUAGGGUUAUAUGGAAUGGUAGAAUUGUGCUACCGGAAGAACCUCUCACCAUCUUUCCUUUCUUCUUUUCUAUCUCUUCUCCAUAGUCGUUAUUGUCAUCAAUACGGCGAAAGCUUCCGUUUUUUAGGUUGCCCUGUUUAGAACGAAGCUGCAAAUCAGAUCCUGUCAAAUCUGUAUGCAUAAAAAGCACUUCGAUUUUCAAACCCUUCUUCUUCUUUGGCAGUUUGGUUUAAUUCAGAUCUGUUUUUUUUUAUUUUUUCUUCUUUUAAUUCCCUUACCUUGUCUCAUAUUUUUCAGUAUGUCAGUACAAUUUGUUUUGUUCCAAAAUUUGGUAAUAAAGUGGAUCAGCUGAUUUUUCCUAUUUAUGACACACUUUUACCAAUUAGAAUAAUUCUUUGAUUAUCUCGAGAAGAGAACCAUUUUGGGUUUUAUGACAGAUUAGUCUAAAAAUCAUUGGAAUUAAAUGGCCACAGUGCUGCAAAAUUGAUCUGCUUUUUAUAUCUUUUGUCUCUACUUAGGAACACUUUCUUCUUCUUCUUAUUCUCCACCUUGUGGGUUCUUCCUACGACCCAACUUGUUUCUAUGGCUGUUUCUCUAGCUCAUCUUCCUUUGUGGCUGUGGGGAGGUGGUGGUAAGAGGAAGGGGGGAAAGGGGAUUGAUCCUGUUCCAAAUGGGUCCUCUUCAACUGAAUGGGGUUUAGGUUUAAGGGACCUGGAUAAUGUUAGAUUUCCUUUAGUAAAGGGUUCUAAAAUGGCUUCCCCGAGUACUAGGAAGAUGAAGAGGAAAUGGAAAAGCAGAGAAGAGAGGAGGAGGAUUGGGAAUGAUAGUGAUGUUGUAUUGGUGCCAUCGGAUGGAGGAUGUUUGUCUGGUUCUGAAUCCGAUGAUUCUGACUGGUCAAUUGGGUGGCUUGAACCUCAUGCCCCUGAUUUCCAGAAUGAUGAUGAGGCAGACAACAGUUUUGCAGUGUUGGUUCCUUGUUAUAGGCAUGCUGAGAUCAAGGAAUUGGAGCCAAGGUCAGAUAAUCACCAUCACCAUCAUCAGCUGCAGCAUCAGUUCUUGGAUGGAAUUAAUUUUCUCAAUACUGAGUAUACUGAUGGGAAAAAACAUGUGGAGGAUUGGAUUUCAUCUCUUCAAAGCUACUGAACUUGCCAUAAUCUGAGGUGGGACCAGAUUACUGAACUAGUUGUUGAUUCUUGUGUUAUAAAUUUUGGAUUCAUUGAUCAUCUUAGCAAAUUGGAGAGGUGUUAUUUCCUUCAAGUUGCACUGUAAUGUCACUCUCUGUGUAAAUAUUUCCCUCCUAGAUGAAUAUGUAAAUAAUCCUUGCACUCUUUUGUGAGUUGACUCAGUGCUUCUUCUGUAAAUAUAAUAUUAAUACCUUGUUGGUCUUCUAA